ACUUUAAAUUGAAACAGACUUGUGGAUUUAUUUGGCCCUUAUUUUGAUGGAUUAUGUGGCAAAAAAGACGCAAAUGGAGCCCUAAAAAGUCGAAUAUUCAAAUGGAAAAGCAUUUUACAUCACAUGUGAUAAAUUCAAGUUUCUUUUGGCCAUCAGUUAGGUAAGAUUAACAAGCUUUUAAACUGAGUAAAAAAAACUCCUAUCGACGCCAUGGGGGACUCGGAUGAAUCCGAAGUUGACGACACAUUGGACAUCAAAGCGAACCCUACAUUCGAACUGUUAAAGAAAUGUACUUCAGCAUGGCAGCAAUUCAGCGCCAAGCGAAAAAUGACACACGAAUUAAAAGAAUAUCAAGAACUAUUCCUGACGGAGUUACCUGGGUCAACGAAGGUUACGAGUGCGGCGACACAUGCGGUCCUAGAAGGCGAACUAGACGAAGAUGAAUCGAGCAGAAAGGUUGUGCCGAGAUUUCGCGAUCGAACGUCGGGGCCAUCUGCUGGUGAUAAAAAGAAGGUUCGUAACCAUGCUCUUAUUCACUAUUUCGCGACAUUGGCUCACUCGAAUCACAUCAACGACACUAUGGAUUUCUCAUUUGUUGAAAGUUUGCUUCAAAAUGGCGCAUCGGUGAAAAGUAGUGAUAAACAUGGUCAGACGAUAUUUCAUGAGGUUGCCAGAAGUUGGCACACUGAUGUUGCUCAGUUCUUAUUAAGUCAAGGAGCGGAUAUCAACCAGGUAGACAAGUUUGGUCGAGCGCCUUUACACGUUGCGGCCGCAGCAAACUACGGCGAAAUGGUUGAGUUUCUUCUGACUAAAGGGGCGGACAUAAAAUUGACGACUCGUGGCGAGAAACAACAACCCAUUCACUUUGCCGCCAAGAACGAUGCAGUCAUUGCAUUACAAGUAUUAAUCAAUUUUGGCGCGGACACCACCUGCAAAGAUUAUAAAGGCAGAACACCUCUUCAGGUUGCUGCCGAGCUGAACCGUUCCAAAACAGCAAAGCUCCUGAUAGAACGGGGAGUUCCAGCUUUUGUCCACGACAAAUCUGGAUCGGUAGUCCUGUCUCUCCUGAUACGUAAAAUGCCGCAUGUCGCGUUGGAAGCUAUGGAGCAAAUGCACAGCAAAGACUUUACGAAUCGAAAACAGUACUUUUACCUAAACUAUUUAGAGUGUAUGCAUUUGGACCAAAUUCCAGAAAGUUGUGCGAAGGCUCCUUUGGUUGAAGCAGUCCAACACAACCAGUUUGAACUGAUUAUGCAUCCAGUUUUUCAACGAUUAAUUAAUGUUAAAUGGGAGAAGUUCGGUAAAACCGGUGCAUGGAUGAGUCUUAUUGUCAACAUUAUCUUUGCUAUUUUAUGGACCCUUUUAGCGGUCACACAACCGUUGGAUGUCUCGAAACAUUACACGCCACUUUCAAGCAAUUGGUGGCGUUUGUUCGUCGAGAUUCUAGUCAUUUUGUUAACUAUCAACGAGAUACGAGUGCAGAUCGUGAACACUUUUAUAAACCGUAAGGAACACACGAGCUGGAAAGCUUGGAAGAUUAGAGAUUUAGAAAGAGAUCUGGAAUUCUGUCAUCCGCGUUGGCCCGAGGAAGCGAGGUAUCUCGAAUGUGAGAUUAAAAUGAUAAAGGAUGCGAACGCUUUGCAUUUCCAAGAUUCCUGGAACUAUUUAGAAUGGGUGUGCUGUACGUUUAUUGUGACUGCGAUCAUCUCGCAUCUCGUAAACUUCUUCCUCCGCACGAAAAUCACGUACUUAGUGCACAUGCGCAUUCUUGCGUUUCUCCUUAUCUUGUUGUGGUUACGUAUACUGAAAUACGUGCGCGCUUUCAAAGGGCCUGGACCGUUCGUCCAAAUGUUGGGCCACGUCAUAGACAACAUAGUGAAAUGGGGUUUUCUGUACGUGGUGUUUUACAUUCCCUAUGCGGCGGCCUUCUGGAUUUUGUUCGGGAAAAACUCGCCGAAUCCCGUCUCAGGUUACUCGGAAGUCUUCGACUUGCUCGUCUACAUAUUCCGAAUGACGGUCGUUGACGAUUACAACUUCAAAGACCUUUAUGAUGCCGAUCCUACAAUGGCGAGGAUUUUGUGCAGUUCUUACGUGGCAUUCGCCUCUGUUGUAAUUUUAAAUUUAUUAAUUGCGCUUCUUUCUGAUACAUUUCAACGUGUUUACGAGAAUGCUAUUGCAACAGCAGUUAUGCAGCGUGGGCAAACGAUUAUAUCAAUUGAGAAGUCGCUGCGAAAAAAGACUAAGAAAGCAUAUCGCGAGUUUAUCGAGAAUGAAUGUAGCCCCGAAGCACUAUACUACGAGGAAACUGCAGAUAACGCUGCUGGUCGUAUUACGCAGCAGCUAAAGGAUGAAAUGGUAGAGUUAAGACUUGUUAUCAAUGAUCGUUUCGGAAAAUCUGCUGGAGGACCUAAGUCUGAUUUCGACGUUAUGAAAGAAGAUAUGCUAAACUUUAUAAGAUGCCAGGACAAAUUGUUGAUGAAAGUCGACUUAGUUGAGAAACGCUUGAUGAGAAUUGAGAAAAAGCUUGCUGAAGGCGGGCAGAAUGGCGGCGAUAGAAAAUCUAAAGUCUCACUUAACAGUCCAACACAUGGCAGCGGAAAUUUAGCUUUUGAAAACAGGCAAAGAAGGUUAUCCUUAGAGCCAGACUCCACGCGAUCCCCGAGGCGCGCGCUUUCAAACAGACAACUGAACGGAGGGCAGCCAAUAACAAAUGCUGCUUCACGGGAAAAGAAAUUAAGAAAGCUUACGGCACAAGAAAAAGCCGCAGGGAUUGUCAUAUUCCGCUACUGGAAGAACUACCAACAACGCAAGGCUAAAUUUAGGAAAGAAAAAAAACAGAAAAAGACAAGACGGGGAUCGGCAGGCUCCGUUAUGUCGAUGAAUAAAGGUUCGAGGCGAAGACGGAAUCUACAUGAUGAUGACGCAGGCUCGGAUUGUACCGGGUACAGCGGUGACUGGUAGGGUAACUGAGGUAUCCUAAAUGUUUGUGAAUAUUCCAAAUGUACAAGGUUAGCCUGGAGAUGGAAACCCAAACAAGCGAUCACGAAUAGUUCUCAUGUCACGACAAUGCCGUCGGUUUUGUUGGCAAAAUGAAUAAGAGUCGUCUAACCAAAUACAGCGUGCUUCGAAUCCAAUGUGAAUAAAAAUGCAAAUCUUCCUCCCAAAUUACAUACAGGUCAAUAAAGGAAAACGAAGACGAUUUUUUUUCAAUUAUUAUAACUUCUGCAACAGUCGUCAGUCCAAAACUGGGUGACAAUUUAAAAGCGAGAUAUUUUUUGGCAAUUUCUCAACGUAGUUAUACAUAUAGUACACUAUGUUGACAGAAAAAUUUCUCGCGUUUAAAUUGGGCUGCCUAUGCUUCCGCUUGGCAUUUCAUCGAAAAGAAAAAGAAUAAUAGUUUUAUAUGUAUUAUAAUACAUGGAAAAUGCGGCGUUUAAAACACGCAGGUCUAGAAUUACCGAAACGAGAUCACGAACGCAUUACAGCCCCGUUUACACUACACUCAAUUUAUUGGCACGGCGCGGCUAUGAUGCAUGGAUACCGGCCGUACUCGAUUUUAUUAGUGCUCGGAUUAUCAAAACAAGGGUCGGGUACGGAUAAAAUGGGAUGGUGAAAUUAGCAGACCUGCAAAUUCGAGAUAUACUACUGAUGAAAUAAGUAUUUUCAAUAUUCCUGUCACAUCUAUGCAUUUCAGAUGCUUGAAGUGGAAGACAUUAGCCCUUCCUAAGAAGGAAGCCAACUAAGAACAACCAGGUACCUAUUUUAACCGCACCGUGCCAAUAAAUUCAGUGUGGUGUAAACGGAGCUUACUACAAGGACCUGUGAAAACAAUGUUUCUUCACUUAGAGAGUUGGAGGUUUUCUUUUAAAGUCUGUGUGAAUAUAUUGAAUCAUUAAAAAAGAAAAUGAUUAUAAAUGAAAAUCUCCAAAGAGGUUACAUUGCAAUUUCAGAGAUCUUUUAAUGCGCGUAAAACAGUUGCGCGGUGUAUUAUCAUGCAUUUAGGGGGCUUUAGGACUAGAAUAGCGAUUACAACCAUAUAUCAUAGAGACGCUCAUUGGGCAAAAUGCAUUUUUAUAUAUUUAUGGCUUCAUACGAAGAAUGCGGUUUUAUACCGUUUAACUUUACAAAAGUAUUACAUAUCUAUAUU